AUUUCCUGAGGAAACCGCGCCUCAUACCCCAUACCCGACCAGAAUCCAGGCCCAGCGCUCAGACAGAGUCCUGCAUACAACUGUUGUUCCUCAGGAGCUCCAAACAAGUUCUAGAAAUGUCCAUCCCGACUCACCGCCAGUGCAGAGUGGAGAUUCAGAACAAGACGUCCAGCUUCACGCUGUGCGAUCCGCUCGUUUAUUUCUUCAGCGGGAACUGUGACUGUCCUCUGCCUCCAACUCUCCGUCCGUCUGAAACCGGCACCGCGCUCUUCGUCAAGACGCCCCACACGGCCUGCGGCUCGGUGGCCGUCUUCACCUACGACAUCUUCCAGGAGUCGACCAAGCAGAAACACGGCCGGCUGGCCAUCAUGUCCUCCGUCCCCUACGACUUCAACCUCUACUCCAACUGGUAUGCCGUGGGAGCCUUCAGCAAGGACAAACUCUGCGAUGAGGUGCUCUACAAGGAGAUGUACUACGCUUCGCCGCAAGGUUUUGUCCGAGGGGAAGCCAAAGGGCCCAGUCUGAUCCACAGAGUGGGUCAUGUGACCGUCAGGGCCAGCAUGUCCGACAGCUACCAGUCCACCCUGAAGGUGGAUCUCUGUGACUACUGAGACCGGCUGCUUCCUUCUGUCCAGUUCAUCCAGUUUACCCUGCAUGUGCAACACUACUGCUGCUGCUGCUUCUUCUUCUUCUUCUUUCUCAACAUAAUCAUCAUUAGCUGCAUCUAUACCAGGUAUGCUGGGUUCCCAGCUUAAACAAAGUAAACCAGUUACCCUGCAAGAUAUCCGUCCACUCUUCCCAGUUGAAAAGGGAAGAGUGGAUAGUCAUGAUUAAGCUAAGCAUGACUAAGCAUUCUAAUCAUAGCAUGCUUAAUCAUAGCAUGUUCAUAGCAUGCUAUGAACUUAAUCAGAGUUUGACCCAGUAUCGCCACAUCAACCCUGAUAUUUUCUGAUCAAUGAUGAGUCGUCUACAAAACCUGGACGUUCAGCAUUUCUAAAUUGGAUAGGAAAACUCUGAAUGUUCCUCUGAAUCUUUAAAACACCACAGAAUCUCCAGCUGAUCCAGCAGCCAAGUGAAAACAUUCCUAAAAACUCAAAACUACUAAAAGAGAGACUUGGAAUAGAUUCCUGCUGAUUUGAACAUCAGCUAAAAUGUGGAUAGAAUUUAAUCACAACUGACUAAUAAAAAUGAGUUGGAUGAAAUGUGA